ACGCGACUGUCGCAUCUACGCUAUUUGUGCAUGAUGUGCCAGGGUGCUCAGCGCUCAGUCUCAGCAUUGUUACUCUACUUGAACCCAACCAAGUUGUCGUAUCUCUAAAUGUCUGUUCCUACAGCUAGUGGUACACCAUUUUGGGAGAAGACUGCGACUGUUGAAGUGAAACACAACCCACAACCAGUGCUCAUCCUUAAACAUGGCCAAAAACGGGUCAUGGUUAAACGACAAAGGUCCUAUAAUCUCAUGCUCGACACCGCCUGCAAAUAUUUCCCAGGCAUUCCGAAAGAUAUGAUCACGUUGCAGACCAAUCAACUCGAUGUUUGCGGGGGAUGCUAUGUGGACAUCACGCCUGAAGUAUGGGAUGAUGUCGUUGACUUGUUGAACGUCAUCGAAAUUACUCGUGCCACAGAAGCGACAUUGCCCUUCUCGUCACCGCUCCAGUGGACUAUUCCACCGCCUUACAAUCAAUCGGCACCUGGACCAGUAUUGAAGUCAAGACCACACGAAAUCACAAUCAAAGUUGGUCUUCCAUCCGGCGAGAUUCGGAGCGCUGAAAUUUCAAGGGCAACGCAAGUGGGCAAACUCGUUGCAGACGCCAGUACAAUAUUGGGGUGUAGUCCCACCAAUAUAAAGGCAGUCUGGGGUGGGACGAUAUUGUGCGAGGAUCGUAGUAUCGGAUCGUACGCCAUCGAGGAUGGUGACUCCAUCAAUCUUCAGUCGGGGCCGACAUCUUUUGCAAAGCCAGUCAUUUAUCUACACUCGCCCGCCGACAUCGAUGUUUCGGUCAAGCUGUCCCUUAUUCCCGAGUGGAGCCUCUCUGUCAUCUAUCCCGUUGUUGCCACGGAUGACCAUAAACGGCAUUUAGAAUGGAAUGUCAGUACCCGUAAAGAUGGGGGUCUGACUGAACACAAUUCUGGUCUAGACGUCUCAUACUUGUUCUGGGAGGCAGAAACGAAUUUGCAAGCAUUUCCUCGUUCACCAUCAUCCAAACCGCAACCAGCGGAUACGUUCAAUCCAAUAUACAGCAGUCUCGAUGAUACGGAUUCAAUCGUUAUUCCAGUGCAUAAAGUCACUGUUUACCUCGAUAAAUCACUCAAGCUUUUGGGACUCCAUACCGAAGCUAGAACAUCGUUCAUAACCUACUGGCUACCAUCUAUCCUCAAGCACGAAUACAUUGCCCUCCGAUUUAUCCCUCAAGCGGCAUACGAACGCGCCGCUUCACUUAGCAUUUCUCCCCAGCCUGACGUUGUGACUCGUGUAUGCAUGUUGUUCAAGGGUAUCCGUAAGGAGCACCUAGCAGAUUGGGCUAAUGCACAAAUGCAAGCAGAGAAAGACGUUGAUUGGUGGGUAGAUGUAGUCGGAGUCGAUCCUGCAAGAGCUGGUGAUGUGACUUUGUUCAGGGUGUUGGAAUGGGGCGGGAUGGAGGUUCUCAUUUGAUGUUCUACCCCAGGUGUUACUGCAUUUUAUCUUGAUCAGUUUUGCAUCCUACAGUUGUGAGCAUAUGCAUGUAUGUAGUUGAAAAGCUGUUUUGUUAUUCCAAUUUGUGUCCGUUGAGGAUACGUAUGGCAAUCUCCAGGGACUGUUUCUUAUC